CUACUGUGAGCCAAAUCCUACUUGCUUUCGUAGGCAUACCUGACAUUGCAGACAGACAGACAGACAGACAGAAAAACGAACCGGUCUGCUGGAUCUGCUGUCCAGCAGUUUCCUCCUUACCCGAAGUAAGCAAGCUGUCUGUGAUCGCCGGAGUGUGGGUUCUUUCCAGGAAUUCUGACGAAUUCUGACAUCUCGGAUCCUCACUGCGGCGGUCCUGCCCCCCGCCUUCAUGCCACACCGCUCCUUAUUGUCCAGGACGGCCUUGGACUCGCUCAUGGCUUCUCCACUCGGGAGAUCCACACACGCCAGAUCUAGAUUGGCCCAUGAUUGACCCCUCUCCGCCCGCUGGCCAAACCAGCAUGAGCGUACGCACACAAGUCAGGUGCUGGUAGGCCGUAGGUAUGUGGCCCACCAGAAGAGGACUGCCCAU